GGUAACCCCAGGUGUGUGUGUGAGAGAGGGAGAAAGUCUACAGCCAUGAGUAAUCCUUUUGCACACAUAGUUGAGGCUCUGGACCCAAACAACCCCGACCACAAGUUCUACAACCUCUCAAAGCUUGAAGACCCCAGAUAUGGUAGGAUUUCAAAGUACCAUAACCACUUUGGUAAUUGUUGGUGUGCAUGGUUGGUGUACAAGGCUAAAUUCAGGAAAUGUACUGACAUUUUGUUAAUUUCAGUAAAUGCUCAAGCUAGAUUUAUUCUGAUUCAUGAAUUACAUUUCAGUGAAUUUUUGCACUUUCAUGAUUUUUUUACUUCAACCCUGAUGGUUGAUAUGAAAUGCUUCCCUCCUCCUGCAGACCGUCUGCCAUUCUCCAUCCGUGUGCUGCUUGAGUCGGCUGUGAGGAACUGUGAUGGGUUCUUGGUGAAGCAGUCAGACGUGGAGAGCAUCCUGAACUGGAAGCAGACCCAGACUCAAAGCGUGGAGGUGCCGUUCAGACCUGCCAGGGUCAUCCUACAGGACUUCACGUGAGUCUGACCACAUGGUGUAUCUAUUCUACAGGUGUGCUCAUGUGAAAUCUUUAAUGGUAAAAUAUGCAGUGGUAAUAUCUGUAUUAUAAACUGGGAGAAGCUGAUCGGGAGGUAUCCAAAUUGAGGUGGCUUUUCUUUCUCUUUAAGGGGUUGCUCUGAAUCGCGAACUGAUUUAUAUUCUAACUUGUGUCCCGUCUGUCUCUCUCCCCUUGCAGUGGAGUGCCUGCAGUAGUGGACUUUGCUGCGAUGCGCGACGCCGUAAAGAAGCUGGGGGGAGAUCCAGAGAACAUCAACCCAGUCUGUCCAGUGGACCUUGUCAUCGAUCAUUCCAUCCAGGUGGACUUCAACAAGGAGUAAGUCUGGGGGGGGGGGGGGUCAGAUUUAUCAAAGGGUUGUGUGUGUGUGGGGGGGGGGGGGGGGGGGUCAAUGAAAGUAGGGCUGAACGUCAUAAUUCGGUGAAUUUCCAUUCAGGAGGAAUUGUAGUGGAUUAUAAUUGAAUGAAUACUGGUAAUUUCAGUGACAACUGCUAUACAUAGGCUAAUUGGUACCUUUUACUACAUAUUUAUGAAGCAAACAAAGGCCUCUGUGUAAGUACAGAGUGGUGUGUUUAGUGGACUUUGCUCUUAAGAGACUUAGUGGAGCCUGUAGAUUUCGACAUUACUGUAGACCACCAGUCGUCAUAAUGUUGCAUAACGCUGAAAAUAAUGACAUCUACAUUGUGACCAUGCUGAGUCUCCAAGCUGACAUUGUUGUAAAUAUGAACUGCUAUUUUGGCCCGAGAGGUGUAAAACUAUAAAGCAAAAUAUUCCAAAUUCCCGACACUGUUACUUACAGGUCAUCAUUUUGUGCUCAUUCUACUUUCAAGUAACCAUAUUAGGAGAUUGCAUUAUGACGUUUGUGUAAUUUUCAGUAGUCCAUUGUUGAUAUAGUCCCAAAAUGUUUAGCAUGUCAGCAAUCAAGUUUUCAAGACAUGUAACUUUCAAAAAACAGAAAUCAGGCCCAUAUUAUGCAUUUUGUAUCAUAUGAUGCAAAACGCAUCCUACGGGCCAGAUUUCUGUAUUUUGAAAGUUACAUAUCUUGAUUGCUGAAAUACUCCUCAACUCCUUUCCUUGAAGUUGUACUAUUAUGAGAACUGAUUACGACAAAUGUGUUAAAGAAAUUCAGAUUGAGUCAGGCCUGUAAUUACACUUCAAAAACAGUUUACAUUUUUCUUCUCCCAGGUCUGACAGCCUCCAGAAAAACCAGGACUUGGAGUUUGACAGAAACAGAGAGCGAUUUGAGUUCUUAAAGGUAUCCAAACCCUUUGUCUACCAUUCAAAACCUGUAGUUCAACUCAUAAGCCUCUCAUAAAGGCUUAUGGGCCACACAAUGUAUAACACACAUGGCCCUCUCUCAAUCAUAGCAAUAACAAUAUCUUGUAUAAAACCCAUAAGCCUCACUAAACUAUUGAUCUUGAUCUCCCUCCCGUUCAACAGUGGGGCUCCAAAGCAUUACGGAACAUGCGUAUCAUUCCCCCCGGUUCGGGGAUUGUGCACCAGGUCAACCUGGAGUACCUGGCCAGGGUGGUGUUUGACCAGGACGGUUACUACUACCCUGACAGCCUGGUGGGCACUGACUCCCACACCACCAUGAUCAACGGUCUGGGCGUGUUGGGCUGGGGUAAUGACUAGCUUGGAUUAUGUACACUGUUAAAAAAGAUAAAUGGGACAGACUCAAAUAAUUUGCUAAUGGCGUUAAAGGGAUAGUUCACCCAAAUUACAAAAUUACUGUUUUUUUUUGGUUCCAAAUGGACAAUACUUAGCUACCAAUAAACCAAACCCCAAAUGUAGUUGAGCAAAUAUGAGCUAUCUAGCCUUGCUACUGGAUGUGCCCAGAGCUGGAAUAAAUCCUGUCGGACAUGUUUGUCUGUAGGUGUGGGCGGGAUCGAGGCGGAGGCCGUCAUGCUGGGCCAACCAAUCAGCAUGGUGCUCCCCGAAGUCAUCGGCUACAGGCUACAGGGCACCCCCAACAAGUUAAUCACCUCCACCGACAUCGUCCUCACCGUCACUAAGGUAACUGGUUACACGGUUUGCAUGACUAUGUGGCCACUUUUUAUCUAUGGACAUCUCUUUUGGACAAAUCUGUCUAAUCAAUAUAGCUCAAGGCAUGAAAUGAUUCAACAAAGUAGCCCUGUCAAUGCAAUUCAUUUGGAGAAUGGUGUUGAUUUGAUACUUGGAAAAACUGACUUGCUCUAAGGGGAUAGAAAAAUGACAACAGUUUCAUUCCACCAGUGUAUGUCAUAUAGAACCGCUGUUUGUCUGAGUGUCCCAUGCUCUCCCUCUGUCCACAGCACCUGCGCCAGGUCGGCGUCGUGGGGAAGUUUGUGGAGUUCUUCGGCCCAGGUGUGGAAGCCCUGUCCAUUGCCGAUCGAGCCACCAUCGCCAACAUGUGCCCAGAGUACGGCGCCACUGCAGCUUUUUUCCCUGUGGACCACAUCAGUGUUCAGUAUCUAAAGCAGACAGGUGAGAUAUCCACACUAAUGCACAUGAGCACCACUUAUCUAUAUUUACAAUGUGCAUUUCUGAUUCCGAUGGAAAGCAAUACAGAUAUUACAUCGGCCGCUUUUUAAAUUGCAAACUUUCAAAUAGCCUUUGAAUGUUACACCACCUACUUAGCUUAAUAACUUUUCUCCUUUUGUAACUGCAAAAACUUUUCUGAAUACAUUUUAAAUGUAAAAAGGGGCUGACAAUAGUAGUAUUAAAAACUGAGGGAACUGUAGAUGUAGCUGUUACCUUUCGUGGCAAAGUCAAAUAAUUCACCUCAUGUCUGGAUUCUUAUAAUAAUAUAAUAAUAAUAUGCCAAUUAGCAGACGCUUUUAUCCAAAGCGACUUACAGUCGUGCGUGCAUACAUUUUUUUGUGUAUGGGUGGUCCCGGGGAUCGAACCCACUACCUUGGCGUUACAAGCGCCGUGCUCUACCAGCUGAGCUACAGAGGACCUCUUCAUUUUCUUUUUUCCUCAUCCCCCUUUCCCCUGCUCCCUCUGCUCAGGGAGAGAUGCUGAGAAGCUGGAUUACAUCACCAGGUAUCUGAAAGCAGUCGCCAUGUUCAGAGACUACAACAACUCCUGCCAGGACCCCGAUUUCACCCAGGUACUCGAUUCCACACUGGAUCUUUUUCAAACCCCUUUGGAAAUUAGGACUUGUAGUUUCUGGACGUAUUUGAUUCAAGAUUGUCAGGCAUGCUAGACUAGUUAUGGAAACUUUGGGAAGUCAUUCAGUUUUGAAAAAUGAUUUGACAAAGUGUAUGGCUGGAAUGUAUUUGUAAAAUGAUUGGCAGGUCUCCCGUUUUAAUCUCCUCCUUUUGCUUUCUGUCUCAUUCGGAUUGUCCCUCUACACCUCCUUCUCUCUCUCCAUCCUAUGCAGGUGCAUAAGCUGGACCUUAGCACCGUGGUCCAGUGCUGCAGUGGUCCCAAGAGGCCUCAGGACAGGGUGGCUGUGUCUGACAUGAAGACUGACUUUGAGGCCUGCCUGGCUGCUAAGGUAAUGACAACACCCGCUUCCCACGGACAUUUUGGUAUCUACAUGCUGAUAGCAUCCUGUUAUCUCAAGUCCUUCCCUUUAUAUUUGCAUGUGUGGAUGAGGUGUGCACAGAGUUAGAAACCCUAGAGGUUGGUACAAAAGACUGAUAACAUGCAACAUUUGAAAGUAGUCAACUGGUUGGGACUUCAUAUGGGUUAAGGAGAGAUGAUAUAAUUCCAUCCAGGUCAGUAGGAGGGAUCAUGCUAGAGGUGAGCCCACUAGCUUUUCUAACUCUGUGGACUUGUGUCAUUGCAGCAAGGCUUCAAGGGUUUCCAGGUGACUCCGGAGCGUCACCACGUGAAGGUUCCAUUCCAGUACAAUGACAAGGAGUACAGCCUCUCCCACGGCUCGGUGGUCAUCGCUGCCAUCACCAGUUGCACCAACACCAGCAACCCCUCUGUUAUGCUGGGGGCUGGUACGUAUCCCUCGCCCCAUACCUCAUACCCUGCGCUAUCUGGGUUGUGUUCAUUAGACACCAAACAGGGAGGGACUACCUGGACUCCAAAAAUAAACUUGAAUUUACGUUUUCUGUUGCAAAAACGUUUUCUAAAGUUUUCCGUUACGUGCCCCAAUGAACACGCCCCAGCUAUCAGCGGAUGUAAUUUGACUAAUAUCUGGGAAGUUGCUCAGUCAAUAAGGUUGAAUUGGUUCUGCGUUGCUUUUCAGGUCUCCUGGCGAAGAAGGCCAUCGAGGCUGGUCUGAGCAUGAAGCCCUACAUCAAGACCAGUCUGUCGCCCGGCAGCGGAGUGGUCACCUACUACCUAAAGAAGAGUGGCGUCAUGGACUACCUCUUCCAGCUCGGGUAAGGCACUCCUUCCUGAAGACUGACUAAUUAUCUGGAAAUGAAGGGGUACAGCUCAAAAGUUUAACUUUAACCGCCUUCAUUUCAGGAUGACGGUGUGUGAUUUAUUUAAGCAAUAAGGCCUGAGGAGGUGUGGGAUAUGGCCAGUAUACCACAAACCACUGAGGUGCCUUAUUGCUAUUAUAAACUGCUUACCAAAGAUAAUAAACAUUUUUUUUGGUCAUGUUAUACGAUCUGAUAUACCACGGCUAAAUGUGUAUGUGACCAAUAAAAUGUGAUUUGAUCAGCAUUCAGGGCUCGAACAACCCAGUUUAUAACUUCCUUUUUGUUGGUAUAUAAUGGUAUUUUUUCCCCCCGUCAGGUUUGAAGUGGUGGGUUAUGGCUGCAUGACAUGUAUAGGCAACAGUGGGCCCCUCCCAGAGCCUGUGGUGGAGGCCAUUACUCAGGUAACUACUAACUUUUAACAUUUACACCCACACCUGGGUUGUGUUCAUUAGGGCAUGCAGGGGGGGGGGGGUCCAGUCCAGUCCAUGUAAACCCCCCUCCUGUUUCAGUACAUUUUCUUCAUUUGGGUGCCUAAUGAACACGACCCUGCAUGGUCAAUAGCUACAGCUCCUCACUCGUUCCUCUACCUUCAGGGAGAUCUGGUAGCCGCUGGGAUCCUAUCAGGUAACAGGAACUUUGAGGGGCGUGUCCACCCCAACACACGAGCCAAUUACCUGGCCUCUCCCCCCCUGGUCAUUGCCUACGCUAUCGCCGGAACCGUGAGGAUUGACUUUGAUACAGAGCCCAUUGGUGAGUGUCCUCAAACCCACGCCGUGAAUUGGCAAUGGUUCUGUAGUUUUUCUAUAUAGCAUUCACACCAGUGGAGGCUGUAAUGGCUGGAAUAAAAUGAAUCGAGUGGUACCGUUCCAUUUAUUCCAUUCCCCCCCAUUACAAUGAGCCAAUCCUCCGAUUUAAAGUGACACCAGCCUUCACUGGUUCAUAUGAACACUGUUCUUGGAGCUCUGAAGACGUUUAAGGAGAUUGGGCCGUCGGUGCUGAUACUGCUUUCUGUUGUUCCUCUCUCGCCUCUGGUUUCAUGGUGUAGCUCUGAACAACGAAGGGAAGGAGGUUUUCCUGAGGGACAUCUGGCCCACACGGGAGGAGAUCCAGGCUGUGGAGAGAGAGUUUGUCAUUCCUGCUAUGUUCAAAGAGGUUUAUGAGAAGAUUGAGGUAAACUCAGCUCUUUGGAUAUUAAUAUUCUAUGAUUUUCCCCUGGUUUGAUUGUGUAGACAAGUUGAUUAGUGGGGCUACUUUUUCAAGGUAUUGGUUAGUAAAUUUGUGUAGAGAGCUGUUGGUGUUGUAGUUUGAUAUGGGACUGUUCUACCCUGCUCCGCCCUGGCAGAAAGUGAAUGAACGCUGGAACGCCCUCAACGCCCCCUCAGACAAGCUGUACACCUGGGACCCCAAGUCCACCUACAUCAAGUCUCCACCCUUCUUCGAUGGACUGGUACAACACACUAACCUAAUGCUGUCGUUGUAAUGUCUGAGUUCUUUCCCAUAGGAUUUCAGGUGACACUGUUUUAUCUCUUAAAGGGAUAGUUCAGCGAAAGUACAUAUUUGUUUCCAAGAAGUCUAUGGACAAGGAGAGACUGCAAUCAACAACUAGACACUUUUACCAACUGCUAAUAUUAUAAAGUCAUUGUCAUUCAUGCAAUUCUGCAGAACUAUCCCUUUAAACUUUCUGUGUUUUAUUCAGACCAAGGAGCUACAGACCCCCAAUUCCAUAACUAAUGCUUACGUGCUGCUGAACUUCGGCGACUCUGUGACCACGGACCACAUCUCUCCUGCUGGGAACAUCGCUCGAACCAGUCCUGCAGCACGCUACCUGACCAGUAGAGGGUGAGAGAUGGGAGGCAGUCACUAGUUCACAUUACUAAUAGUCUUUUUCAUACUACUGAGCUAAGCUGUACUGCACUUGCCUGGUAAUACAUCCCCCAUGGCUGGAACCGUGCAGGAAAGGACCAUGUGGAACGAAAAUAUCCCAACCAGCAGAGUAUACAUUUCUGGUCCGCAUGAUGGUGUGAAAUUGAAUGAUGGGUUUUUUAGUAUGUUUAUGUUAGAGUGAAGUUGUUAGAGUGAAGUUGUAUGAAGGGUCAAAGGUAUAAUCUUUAUCUCUUAUCCUCUGCCCUGGCAGUUUGAACCCACGUGACUUCAACUCGUACGGAUCUCGGCGUGGCAACGAUGCUGUAAUGGCCCGAGGAACAUUCGCCAACAUCCGUCUCUUCAACAAGUUCCUGAACAAGCAGGCUCCGCGCACCCUGCACUUACCUUCUGAUGAAACGGUAAGGCCCUGGAACAACCCAUAACGUAGCAACUGUCAAUAAUGUCAUAACCUUUUCUCUUAUAAUGUAAUACAUCUCUGGAUAAUGUUAUAACUUAUUACAUCAUCUGGUGGCUAUUAUCUUAUCAGAUGAGUAACAUACAUUUUAUAACAUACAUUUAUUAUAUAUUUAGAGUUCUUGUAUUUUGACCGCAUAUUAGUUUCCUUGUAUGGCUGUUAAAUGUACUCUGGUUGUCCACAUGAAUCAAUGUGUGUAUAUAUUCAGUAUAUUCUUGGGUUGUCUGUUUCUCUGUACAGAUGGAUGUGUUUGAUGCUGCUGAGCGCUACCAGAAGGCUGGCCUCCCCCUCAUGAUCCUGGCUGGGAAGGAGUAUGGAUCGGGCAGCUCCAGAGACUGGGCCGCUAAAGGUCCCUUCCUCCUGGUCUCUCCUCUUAUCAUAACCGUGUUGUCUUUUGAUAUGUUAUCUAUUAUACGUUAUUACGUUAUCUUUUUAACAUUACCGCUUGACAAUGUAUGACGAUGUAGAUUAGAAGAAUUUAUGGGAAUUUGGGAAAAGGGAUUUGAAUGCCAUUGCCUGUAUGAUACUUUCCAUCAGCUAAGAUAUGAUUCUGCUGGGCUGUGUGGAUUCUUUAUUUCACUUUAUUGAACAAACAUUAGACAAUUCAAAGUAGGGACAAUGUACACAGAACCCAUAAACACCAGGUGGCACCAAGACAAAGACAAAAAGUUAAGAAAAUACAAUUUAGAUGAUGCAAGGCUCUUGUAUAAUAAUAAUAAUAAUAAUUAUUAUUAUUAUUAUUUAUUCAACUUGUAUAGCGCUUUUCAAGGAAUGUCAAAGCACAUUAAGACAAGUCAUUUAGAAAAGCAACAUCAUGAGCUGGACAUUCAUUAAAACGUUUAUGGCUUGACUGGUCAUCUGAGGGAGUUGGUCAAGCUGGGAGAGAAAGUCUGGAGACAGGCAGGCAGGAAGCAAGGUCUCAUCAGGGUAUCUCGCUGUCUCUGGCUUUUCCGUAGUAGAACUCAGUCAGAUUAAGUUUGAGCUAAGCCACUGCAGUCUAUGGACUCUGUAGUAUGUAGCUAGCUACAGUGAGGGAAAAAAGUAUUUGAUCCCCUGCUGAUUUUGUACGUUUGCCCACUGACAAAAAUUAUCAGUCUAUAAUUUUAAUGGUAGGUUUAUUUGAACAGUGAGAGACAGAAUAACAACAAAACAAUCCAGAAAAACGCAUGUCAAAAAUGUUAUGAAUUGAUUUGCAUUUGAAUGAGGGAAAUAAGUAUUUGACCCAUCUCAAUCUGAAAGAUUUCUGGCUCCCAGGUGUCUUUUAUAUAGGUAACGAGCUGAGAUUAGGAGCACACUCUUAAAGGGAGUGCUCCUAAUCUCAGUUUGUUACCUGUAUAAAAGACACCUGUCCACAGAAGCAAUCAAUCAAUCAGAUUCCAAACUCCACCAUGGCCAAGACCAAAGAGCUCUCCAAGGAUGUCAGGGACAAGAUUGUAGACCUACACAAGGCUGGAAUGGGCUACAAGACCAUCGCCAAGCAGCUUGGUGAGAAGGUGACAACAGUUGGUGCGAUUAUUCGCAAAUGGAAGAAACACAAAAUAACUGUCAAUCUCCCUCGGCCUGGGACUCCAUGCAAGAUCUCACCUCUUGGAGUUGCAAAGAUCAUGAGAACGGUGAGGAAUCAGCCCAGAACUACAUGGGAGGAUCUUGUCAAUGAUCUCAAGGCAGCUGGGACCAUAGUCACCAAGAAAACAAUUGGUAACACACUACGCCGUGAAGGACUGAAAUCCUGCAGCGCCCACAAGGUCCCCCUGCUCAAGAAAGCACAUACAGGCCCGUCUGAAGUCUGAAUGAUUCAGAGGAGAACUGGGUGAAAGUGUCGUGGUCAGAUGAGACCAAAAUCGAGCUCUUUGGCAUCAACUCAACUCGCCGUGUUUGGAGGAGGAGGAAUGCUGCCUAUGACCCCAAGAACACCAUCCCCACCGUCAAACAUGGAGGUGGAAACAUGCUUUGGGGGUGUUUUUCUGCUAAGGGGACAGGACAACUUCACCGCAUCAAAGGGACAAUGGGCGGGGCCAUGUACCGUCAAAUCUUGGGUGAGAACCUCCUUCCCUCAGCCAGGGCAUUGAAAAUGGGUCGUGAAUGGGUAUUCCAGCAUGACAAUGACCCAAAACACAAGGCCAAGGCAACAAAGGAGUGGCUCAAGAAUAAGCACAUUAAGGUCCUGGAGUGGCCUAGUCAGUCUCCAGACCUUAAUCCCAUAGAAAAUCUGUGGAGGGAGCUGAAGGUUCGAGUUGCCAAACAUCAGCCUCGAAACCUUAAUGACUUGGAGAAGAUCUGCAAAGAGGAGUGGGACAAAAUCCCUCCUGAGAUGUGUGCAAACCUGAUGGCCAAUUACAAGAAACGUCUGACCUCUGUGAUUGCCAACAAGGGUUUUGCCACCAAGUACUAAGUCAUGUUUUGCAGAGGGGUCAAAUACGUAUUUCCGUCAUUAAAAUGCAAAUCAAUUUAUAACAUUUCUGACAUGCGUUUUUCUGGAUUUUUUUGUUGUUAUUCUGUCUCUCACUGUUCAAAUAAAACUACCAUUAAAAUUAUAGACUGAUCAUGUCUUUGUCAGUGGGCAAAUGUACAAAAUCAGCAGGGGAUCAAAUCCUUUUUUCCCUCACUGUAGCUACUCCGUAUAAUUAAGAGUUUGAUGGAGGCUGGGCUGCAGGGACCCCAAUGUUACUUCCCUGAUACCCCUCCUCUGUGCCCCUCUCCCAGGGAAUCAAGGCAGUACUGGCGGAGAGCUACGAGCGAAUCCACCGCAGUAACCUGGUGGGCAUGGGGGUGAUUCCUCUGGAGUACCUGUCUGGGGAAACAGCAGACAGCCUGGGGCUGACAGGACACGAGCGCUACACCGUGGUCAUUCCUGAGCCACUCACACCCAGGAUGAUUGUUGACAUUAAGGUUGGUUUGCCUGGUGAUAGAAUGGUAUGGGAUGGGAAAUACUGGACUGAGGAAGGGUUAACAAUCAUUCAUAUGGUCAAUUUUGCAGAGUUUCUAGAUCCUUUCAUGAUAAAGCUAACAAAUGAAACUUAGUAGUUUCUGUUAACUUUCUGUACUGUAUAUUGUGAUUCUGUCAUAGUUUAGUAAGUGGCAAUACUUUGUAUAAAGUAAUGUGCUUCUAAUGUAGUCAUGUUUUACUAGUACUCUGUAGUAUACUUAGCUAGGUAGUUUACUCCUGGAGCAUAUGGCAUCAACAACAGUUCAUCCUAAUAUCCUACCACUGUCUGUUUCCUUUCCAUCACAGCUCGACACGGGCAAAACAUUCCAGGUGAGGAUGAGGUUCGACACGGACGUGGAGCUGACGUACUUCCACAACGGAGGCAUCCUGAACUACAUGAUCCGCAAGAUGUCUGAGAACUAGAGAGAGCACGCCGUCGGGACCAAGUCAUGCUGAACACGCACAUCCUUCGUGUAGACGGCGAUGCAGAACGCACUGAGUCCCCCCUCUCUGUUUCUGUUUGAUUUUAACAUUGUUUAGGUCAUUCAUUGGUUUUAGUGCAUUAAUCGACCACAGUGCUGGUUCCAUGCUUGAUCCAGUGCAAGUCAGAAUGAUGGAAUUGAGUCAGAAGAACCCCACAGCACAUUUAACACUUUCUUAAUCAAGCCCAGCUAAAGUGUUUGAAAGAUAAAUACUUUUUAAACCCAGGUCUCGUAUAAUGUGACAUUAGUACAGUAACCACCCUACCUCUUUGUCGCCAAACCAGUGGUCCACCCACCCUCAUUCCUCCGUCCAUGCUAACAUUAGCUAGCCAUGCACACAAACCUAGUCUGCCCUGGUUGGCUGUCUUGUCCAGUUGUUACCAUCGUUGGUUCAAAGCUGCCAUUCACUGUCAUCUGUUCCGACCAGGGUUGUAUUUGUUGAUUUCAUGUCUUAUUAUAUGUCAUUGUGUCAUUUUACAAACUGCUGCUGUGGUGGAGCAGACAGGCUGCUUCUGAAAUGGAGCCCUAUUCCAUAUAUAGUGCACUACUUUUGACCAAAAUGUGUGCACUAUAUAGGGAAUAAGGUGUUCAACCCAGACACUGUAAUAGG